CCGCCCCGGGGCGGCCCGCGGCGCCUUUUGACGCCGCCUGAGGCGGCCCCGGCCCCGCCGCUGCUCCUCGGCCCGGCCCGGCCGCAGCCCCGCGGGUUUGGGGCCCGGUAAAGCCGCUCGGGAGGAGCCGCGGCGGGUCCGAGCUCCGGGGGAGCUGCCGAGGUCAGCGAGACCCCGACUGAAGAGCCUGUGGUUCCUCCUGAAGUCCGCGCAGCAGUAAAUGUGUAAAAGCCUUCGAGCGGCGUUUGCGGCCUGGUGGGUGCGGGGCCCGGGGCAAGGAAGCGGGGAAAAGCCGUGGCCGCCGGUGGAAGCCCUUGGCCGGUUGUUCAGCGUCCCGAGCCCGCCUGAAGCCUCGCUCCAUCGCUUCCCCUGCCUCAGCCCCGUGCUCGCACGGUCCCAGCAGGGAGAUGAACCGUUGAAGGGCCAGGCGGGAAGUCUCCUGGACAGACCAGCCCUUCAUGGGGCCCGCUCUUCCUUCCUCCUCCUUUCACAGCAUCUCUCCUCUCUUUUUCUCUCAAGAGAUUUACGGGUAGCCUAGUGUCUUCUUCCUCCUGCCCUUUCUUUUUGAAUUUUGAGGGAAAUUUUGUCUCGAAAUCUCUGAGCUGCUGCAUCUCACUGCUGCAUCUCACUGCUGCCCAGUGGACUGCAUGUGGUCUGGACAACAUAAAGAUGAGAGGCAUAAAGGAUGUGGUGCAGGAGGCUGGCGUGUCUGUUCAAGGUGCCUUGCCGGCUGAGUGGAAGCACGAGACAUCGCUCGCCGUGGCUGCCCCGUGGCAGAAGGACCAUCCUCCCUCCUGCGGCUCGCUGGCAUCACACAGCCCCGGAGUCCCUCAAGUGUGCCUGGCAGUUGCAUGGUGAUCAUCUAGAGCUCAGGUAUGCGAACACGCUGAUGCGCUUCGAUUUUGUCUGGCUGCGAGACCACUGCCGCUCGGCUUCCUGCUACAACGCCAAGACCAACCAGCGCAGCUUGGACACGGCCAGCGUGGACCUGGGAAUCAAACCCAAGGCUGUCCGAGUGGAUGAGACCACGCUCUUCCUCACGUGGCCGGACGGGCACGUGACGCGGUAUGGGCUGGAGUGGCUGGUGAAGAACAGCUACGAGGGGCAGAAGCAGCAGGUCAUGCACCCGCGGAUUCUCUGGAACGCAGAAAUUUACCGCCAAGCCCAGGUCCCAUCUGUCGACUGCCAGAGUUUCCUGAAGACGGAUGAGGGGCUGAAGGAGUUCCUGCAAAACUUCUUGUUAUAUGGGAUUGCUUUCGUAGAGAAUGUCACUCCCACCAAAGAGGACACAGAAAUCUUAGCGGAAAGGAUCAGCUUAAUCAGGGAGACCAUUUACGGUAGGAUGUGGUACUUUACCUCCGACUUCUCUCGGGGAGACACUGCCUACACCAAGCUGGCUCUGGAUCGUCACACCGACACGACCUACUUCCAGGAGCCCUGCGGCAUCCAGGUGUUUCACUGCCUGAAGCACGAGGGCACGGGCGGGCGGACGCUGCUGGUGGACGGUUUCUACGCGGCAGAGCAGGUUCUCCGGCAAGCCCCCGAUCAAUUUGAGCUGCUCAGCAAGGUGCCACUGAAGCAUGAGUAUGUUGAGAACGUGGGAGACUGUCACAACCACAUGAUCGGAGUUGGGCCGGUUCUCAAUGUCUAUCCCUGGAACAACGAGCUUUAUCUGAUCAGGUACAAUAACUACGAUCGUGCUGUCAUCAACACUGUGCCUUACGAUGUCGUGCACCGCUGGUACGCUGCUCACCGCACACUCACCACAGAGCUCAGGAGACCGGAAAACGAACUGUGGGUCAAACUGAAGCCGGGCAAGGCACUGUUCAUAGAUAACUGGCGCGUCCUGCACGGACGGGAAGCGUUCACAGGGUACCGUCAGCUCUGUGGCUGCUACCUGACGAGAGAUGAUGUGCUGAACACCGCGCGCUUACUGGGACUCCAAGCGUAGCCCAGACCACCCUCCAUGGAGAGGCAGUCAGACCUCCAGCACCGCCAUGCGGGUGCGUCACCGCGACCGAGAUGUUGCACAUACCUCAGACACCUCCACCCUCUCCAAGCAGUUCUCGGUGCCCGCUCAGGAGAGGGAAAGCCAAAGGUUAUGGGAGCUUUAUGGGACCCAAUUCUGCCUCUGAGCAUGGUCGGCUCUUGCUGUCUGUGUGCCCAGCCUGGUCUUUCCAGUCAGUCUGUCCUCCUCAGCUCUGCUGACGCCACGGGAAGUGCUCCCAGCACCUAUUGAUGUGUAGUGCUCCGAUCAAGUGCCUUCAGGAUUUGAAAUAUUUGCAGUUUUCCCUGUUGUUCAGCCUCUUUGUCAGCUGGCAGUCUUCGUUUGUUGGGGUUUUUUGGCAGAGCAGAAUGGAAAUCUUUGGGGUCUUGUCUCACCCCAGGCUGGACUUUACCCCUUGUAGAGAAAGCAAAAACCUACUGUCCCUGUUUGAUGAAAACUCCACUACUCAAGCUGAGGGCUGUUGGCACGUUUCAGGGACUUCUUUCUUCUUAAACCCACUGCCUACCCCUGUAACAGGCACUGGUACAAGCCAUGCUGCCUGAGAGGUGGCCGGGAAAGAGAACCUGGUAUAGUUAGGGUAUUUCUGGAAAAGUUUAGGCUAGAAGGAAAGGGGGAAGUAGCAAGAUCUGCGUGUUGGGAAGGAGAGAUGACUGGGUUAGAUGAGAGAUGUAUUUCUUGCAUUUCCUUGCCUUCCAAUAAUGUAAUGCUUCUGUUCUUUCUGCCUCUUGCGCUGUGCUUGUAUCAAGGGCGACGGCUCAGCAGCUACAAUAUUUGCUGGCAAAUUUCCCGCUGUGCCUGCUCCUUCAUCUUUUCUGAAGAAGGAAUUUGCAUUCGUUUGUCACCACACGGGCUGCUGGAUGAGGCUGACCGUUUGUUCAGGGUUUUUCCCAGAUUCCCCCGCAUACGGAGGCAGCGAACACAGGGGUGCCUCUCAGCUCCUGCUACCUGGGAGGAUAAACUGGAGUCUGGCACACUGAGGGCGCAGUGUAAGGAACAAAAGCAAAUCCAAUCAUUAUUAGAAACAUUGGCAUUUUAGAACCAGAAGGGGAUUUUAGGAUUGGUUUAUCUUUCAUUCUCUUGUAUCUUUGGGGGUGUCCAGUCGGAGGAGCGAACCUUAAAACAGGGCUGGUCCCUUUUAGUCCUGGCUUUCCUGUGCGAGCAAGAUGCUUUCGUACCCAAGGUACAAGUGCAACACAGAUGCAUAUGUGCUAAACUUGCUGCCCUCAUUUAAUCUAAAUACUGACUAUACAGAUCCUAGUGUUGAGACACUCUUGAAAGCUUCUCCUCAUGCGGACUGAGCUGCCUUGAUGCUGUCUCUCACAGUAUUUCCCACCGCUCCAGUCCUCAGGGGUUGAGAGGGGUUUCCGAGUGAAGGCUUGGCAGGAAGCUGUUGAUCAGAGGAUACGCGAGGAAGUGAAACGUGAGCAACGGUGGCAGGCAACACAAGCUUGAAGUAGCUGGCGUCUGUCAGGUACGUCUCCCAGGCCUGUGAACGGCAGCCGCAGACACAGGCAGGAACUUGAAUUUUCCUCUAGGCUGAGCCAGUGAAUUCCUUGAGCAGCCUGCAGCGCGUGUUCUGUUACUUUAUCAGGCUUUUUGUUUAUAGAUUUUCCUUAGGUGCCAAUUGCACCAGCACAACUUAGAUGUGAAGUUUUACAAAUCUACGUUAAUCGUGUUGAAGUAGCAAAGCACAGGAGUUAACGUCCGCUGUCGCUCACGCACCUCAGUGCUCCGGGGCUGGUUUCACCCUGGGCUCCAGGCGAAGCCGUGGCCUGGAGCAUGGGGGAAGAGGAGACGUGGUCACAAAAAACAAUCUCUGUGUUAGUCGACAAAGGAGCCUGAUCAGUAUUUGAAACCCAUGAGCGCUGGAGCCCUUUUUCAUAUUAUUUGAGGGUAUCAAGGGUUCCUGAGCUCUUUUUGCCCCCCUAUGCCCCUAGGCUACGAGGGAAAGUUCUUGGGUAAUGUGGAAACCUUCCCUUGGUCAAUGAGAUUGACUUUACCUUCCCCUGCUCGGGGGACCUCAGUCUAUCAGCUGCAAGCUGAAAAUCUGCCGCUACCCUGAGCUGGAGUGUGCAGGACUACGGCUGAGCCCAAGGGAGAACUGACCAAAGUGUAUCGAUAACAUUGUCAUGACAGAGGUGCCUUUUUGACACAGAACAUGGUGACCGUGGCUCUGCCUCGGCAGCUGCUGCCCGGGGCUGUGGUCUGCAGACGCUAAGCUCUUCUUCUGAGCCAGCUCCAAGCCAACACACUCCUCAAGGCGACUGUGUAAUCUGUUUUGGGGAGAAUUCUUCACAGUGAAUGUAGAAGCAGCACACUUCCUCAUAGGUGUUACUCAAACUAAAUAUUCAAUAAAACGGGGAACGGAGAGAGCUUUGUUUAGAUGUUGUGUUUCACCUCUCCCCACUUCCCAAGAGGGCUAAAUUCUUCCUAAGCAGCUUGUGAGCAUCAAACCUUUAGUUGAAGGAACAGGACUUCUUGGCGUUGUUUGUGCCGUGUUACGGAGCGGGUUCUGUUUGCUGUAAUGAUACCGGAGCAGUUUCUGUAAUCGAGCUUUUUCACUUCUUUCAGCCAAUAAAUGAUGAACUGCUUCUUUCUCCUUCCCACUCCCGUAGUGAUCCAAUGUGUGUGUUUAAGACAUUUUCCAAAAGGAAGAAAUCAAGUCUUCACAUAAAUGAUUUAUAAAGUGGUCAGCUUGGCAAAAUGUGUAUUUCAAGCAAUGAUGAACUUGAAAAUAAGUUUUUAUGAACCUCAAAGGUGGAAUAAACAUGAGGAGCAGUAAAUCAA